AUGCCGCCUUCGAAGUGGGACGAAGAGGAGGAGAGUACCUCUCCCCCGCCUGUGGUCGGAAGACGGAGGUUCGACGAUGAGGAGGAGGACGAGGUCCUCGACUCCUGGGACGCAGCCGAAGACUCCGAAGUCGAGCGCGAAAAGGCCAAAAAGGCCUCCGAAGCCAAGGCCAAGGCCGACGCCGAAGCCGCCGCCAAGAAGAAGAGCAAAGCCCAGCGCAUAGAAGAGCACAAGCUGGAGCGGCGCCAGCGCGCCGCCGACGCCUCGGACUCGGACGAGAGCUACGACGAGGACGAGACGGAGCGCCGCGCCCGGCUGCGCGCCACGGAGCAGGACGCGGACCUCAAGCACGCGCAGGACCUGUUCGGCGAUAUCGACAUGAACCGGAUGCGUGGUCGCGGCUCGCCCAAGGCUGUGGUUGUUGCUGAUGCGGCGGAUCCGACCAACUCGGUGGAUCUGUCGGCGAUGCCGCUGUUUAAGCCGACGACGAAGGAUCAGUUUGCGAAGGUCACCCAGACUUUGAUCCCGCUGUUUGCGGCGCAGGCGAAGAAGCCGCAGUAUGCGAUCUGGGCGCUGGAGUUCACGAAGCAGCUUGUGAAGGAACUGCCGAGUACGGAGGUGAAGAAGAUCUCGAGUGCGCUGUCGACUAUGAGCAAUGAGAAGAUGAGGGAGGAGAGGGCUGCUGAUAAGGGAAACAAGAAGAGUAAGGCGGCCAAGACGAAGGUUACGUUGAAUGCGAACCGGGACUCGCAUAUGGAUACUGCUAACUAUGGGGAUGAUGAUGGUGGGCUGGGGGAUGAUGAUUUCAUGUGA